AUGGAGGACGAGAGCAUCUCCACCUUCUGCGCCAUCACCGCCACUGAGCCGGCGAAAGCACAACAAUACCUUCAACUCACCGACGGCAACGUAGAGCAAGCGGUCGAGCUCUUCUUCAGCAACCCAGACCUCGGCGCUGCUGCUGCGGCACCCGCACCCACACAGUCAAGCAGAGAUGACCCGAUUACGAUAGACGAUGAUGAUGAUAUGGCGGAUGCGGAUGUGCAGCAGACGGGAAGUGGGCCGGCGGCAGGGUCGACAUUCGAGGACGACGAGGCUAUGGCGCGGCGACUGCAGGAGGAGAUGUAUGGAGGUGCUGGACGUGGUGCAGCCGGUGGAAGGGCUGAAGAUGUGGACGAGGACGGCGUGAGAGCACCGAUGGGGCGCACAACAGAGACACUCGUCGGCCCAGACAGCGACUGGCGCGAUGAUCCUGGUCAGAUGAAUGCGGCGGUGGCGGAGCAGCUACUCGCCCGCAACAGGCCACGCAACAGAGGAGCGCCAGGCAUCUUCAACCAGCGCGAGACUCCUUCGAUCUGGGCGGAGGAUGACCCGCAAGACCCGAACGCGCAUCAACGUGCCCUCUCUCGCGCGACAGGUGGUGCAUCUGAGCAGACAUCAAAGUCCAACCACCUUGCAGAGCUUUUCCGCCCGCCCUUCGACCUCAUCGCGAAUCACCACAGCUGGCAGAGCGCCCGCGAGGAUGGCAAGGACAACGAGAAGUGGAUCAUCGUGAACAUUCAAGACCCCUCCAUCUUUGACUGCCAGGUGCUCAACCGCGACAUCUGGAAGAACCCCUCGAUCCGCGACACGGUGAAAGAGCACUUCAUCUUCCUGCAAUACAACAAGAACGACCCGCGCGGCUCCGAGUACGUCAACUACUACUUCUCCACCCUAAAAGACAACGAGGACGCCUACCCACACAUCGCCAUCGUCGACCCCCGAACCGGCGAGCAGGUCAAAACAUGGUCCGGCAGCCCCGCGCCCAAAGCGAACGAGUUCCUGAUGGACCUGCAUGAGUUCCUCGACCGCUACAGCCUCAACAUGACGAGCAAGAACCCAGUCCAGGCGAAGCGGAAAGAGAAGAAAAAGGACGUCGCGCAGAUGAGCGAGGAGGAGAUGCUCGAGAUGGCCAUGCAGAAUAGUCUGAGCAAAGGCGCAGGAUCGGGAAGCAACGACGAGGACCCCGACGCUCUUACACGUCCAGGCGGGAAAGGCAAGGCUCGCCAGGUCGAUCCUGAAGCUAUGGAUACGACGGAUAUGGGCGGGGAAUCCACUCUCAACGGCGGGGAUGUCGAACAACCAUCUACCGGCUCUGCUGUCACCCCUUCGAAGAAAGACGACGACAGCCCCUUCUCCCUCAUCUCCUCCACCUCCCCCCACGAAGAACCCACCUCCACCUCCCCCGCCGAGACGACGCGCAUCCAAUUCCGCUACUCCGGCGGCCGUGUCGUGCGUCGCUUCUCGCUCUCCGAUCCAGUGCGCAGGCUGUACGAAUGGCUCAAGGCUUCGCCGCUCGAAGGUCAGGAGGGCAAGACGUUUGAGUUGAUCAGUAUGGGGAAGAACCUCAUUGAAAUGUUGGACGCGACGGUGGCGGAGGCGGGGCUGAAGCAGGGGACUGUUAUGGUUGAGACGGUUGGGGAGGAUGAGUAG